GUCUCUCAGACUCCUGAAGUAGGAGCGACUCAGUAGGAGCUUCUGUAUCAAAGGAGGAGAGACGCUCCCUCAGGAUUUGACCGCUUGCAUCGGCCGGGCAGAAAAGGCUCCACGUUUUUUGGACAGUCUCGUUAUGCAGCGACGGAGGGAUUCAGAGCUUUUCUGACAGGAUUCAGUGAUGUCUAAGUGGAAGGAACUCCUAACUAACAGCGUUUACUGACUUUGUGCAGUUUGAUAUGCGCGUUUUUUCCAGCGUUGUUUUUAUAUUUUGCACAGCCAAGAGUUUUGUGGGAAUGUUACAGCCUGAGACUUCUUUGUAAGAGCUGCUGUGCGAUCUGGAACACCCUCUGGAAAAGAUAAAUGGCUGUUAUUUCAUAAAUUGAGAUUGCAUCCCACUGCGGCGCAUUUUUUUUCCCAAGUUUUUGGACUUUUCAGAGAGUUGCACAAACAGACUGCUGGAAUACCACACGGGACUGGCUGCAGAGACUAUUUCCUCAGUCCAUGGAUUGUGCACCCCUGGGACCUUGUCAAACCUGAGAACGUCAGGCGACGUUAGGUGAAGCCACGUUUAUAAAAGCCGUGCGUAAAAAUAACAUUGGCCAAGGCAGCCCUCAUUGCCGGGCGCGUGACAUUUCAAACUUGGUGAAGUGCUCUUUUGUGCGCCCUUCUCUCUCUGUGUGGACGCUCCGGAUCUAUUCUCUUUAGAAAACACUUCAUUCCAUGCAGCUCUCGCCUCGGCCGCUGUCAUCCAGUGCAGACAGUUCGUCGUGGCUUCGAGUCCCCGGGGUAACCAUGACAACCGAAAGAAACCCAAAGUGAAUCAAAGGGAGCGGGGUGAGGCUGGAGAGAGCGUGAAUAGAGUUUUCCCCAUUUUGAUUUGUGCUUUUUUGUUUAGACUUUAUACUUUUUGCACAGCGGAAGCUGUGCUCCGCGCUGCAGGGUUACAAAGUUGAAGGAGCCCUAAAAAGCAAAGCAGUGCGCUCCAUGUCAUUCAAACCCGGCGCGGUCUAUUAAAAGUAUCGCCUUGCUGGUGACUGAACUUCUACUAUUUAUGAAGCCCCGGGCAAGUGAUUGCAGAGAAAACAGAACCCGGGAAAAGAACUGAACUGUACUACGCGUGAAGGGCCGGUGCGUAAAACCAAGAGGAAUAAUGGGCCUCUCACACACGCUUCUCUUCUACCUGCUGCUCUGCGUCCACCUUGGAGUUUCCCUGCAUUUCCUUCGCUUCCGUCCAUCGCCUAGUGAUCACCUCCCCGUGCCCGACCUCAAGGAGGACCCCGACCCGGAGUACGACCCCCGGGAGCAGGACUUGGCCGAGAGGACUCUGAGGAAAAAACUCGGCAGCAACUUUGACCCAAACUUCAUGUCCAUCAGCUCACCCAUGCAGGUGAACCUCUCCGCCUCAGACAACCAGGUGAAGCUGCAGGGGCCCAUGCCCAACGAGAUUAAAAAGCUGGACCUGACAGAGACCCCCUAUGGGAAGCGGGUCAAAGUGGGCAAGAAGGCCCGCAGGAAAUUUCUGCAGUGGCUGUGGACGUACACGCACUGCCCUGUGGUGUACACCUGGAAGGAUUUGGGCGUGAGGUUCUGGCCGCGUUACAUCAAGGAGGGGAACUGUUUCUCUGAGCGCUCGUGCUCCUUCCCCGAGGGGAUGUCUUGCAAACCAGUCAAGUCAAUCAACAAGAUUUUCCUGCGGUGGUAUUGUCAAGGCUUUCAAAAACAGAAAUACUGCACGUGGAUACAGGUGCAAUACCCAAUCAUCUCAGAGUGCAAGUGCUCGUGCUGAUUUUCUCUAAGGACGCAGUGGUGGCGUGGAGUGGACUGGAAAUACGGUUUCUAUUGCACUGUUAACUCUCUACAGAGGUGGGCACCAUAGCAAAUCUAUUUUUUUAUAUAGCAUUUUAAGUGAAAUACCAACAUUGUACAUAUUUAAGACAAAUGCAGCUAUUUUUUCUAAUUGAACCAGGACCAUAUUUUAUUCUCAGCCCUGAAACGUGAUUUUGGGGGAACACAAGCACUUCAGAAGGAAGAGCUUUUUUUGAUAUUUUUAUGAGACAUUGAACAUGGAAUGCAUAUGCUACACUUCUCCAAGAGGUGACCUUUUUUCAACUGAACAUUGAUGCUGACUGUUAUUUCACUGCAAUGCUGCCUAGAGUUUUUGUAUAAUAUUAAUAUCAAUAAUAAUUAAAUUGUAAAAAAAAAAGUUGAGGUUAAAGAUAUAUAUAAAGGCGUGAACUCAGCUUUUUGGAAUACAUAGUAUUGUAGAAAUAAACAAAUCUGUACGUUUUAUUUAUUAUUUUAACGAUUGUGAGUAUAGAGCAUAAGGAAAGAGAAUAGCAGAUUAUACCAGAAAAUAUGGGAGAUGUCUACUUGAA